GUCUGAGAGCGAAGCCUGAAGCAGUGAUUGGUGUAACGUUCAAAGAGAAGCCAACAAAAAGCCAUUUCCCUUUUCCUUCUGCAACAGCCUCUUCCCUCUCUCUCUCUCUCUCUCUCUCUCUCUCUCUCUCUCUCCGUUCUUCUCUUUAUCUCACCCUUUUCUCAACAAUUUUGCUUUGCUUCCCUCACUUUCCAGAGAAAAUAUAACAGAAAUCCAGAACAAAAAUGCUAUCUGGACUAAAUGGCACUGUCUGGAUGGAAGAUAAAGAAGCACGAGACUCCAACACAAACAACAACAUUAACAAUAGCUGUGUUGUGAUGGAGAGCAAGCAAGAGAUGGGUUCGAUUUCUAACUUCAAAUCCAUGCUCGAUGUAGAAGACGACUGGUACGUCACUAAUACUACUAUCCAUAAUCAUCAUGAUACUAUCAGAGACAUCACAUUUUCACCAAAUCUUGCUGAGCCAGAUAAUCUCUUUCUUCACUCUGUGGAUUCCUCCUCUUCUUGCUCACCAACCUCCUCUGUUUUCAAUAAUCUAGACCCUUCUCACGUGCACUACUUUAUGCACUCGAAGCCUACCUUAUCUUCGCUCCUUAACGUUGUCUCUAACAACCCUUUAGAGCAUGGCUUUGAUUUGGGCGAAAUUGGGUUCCUUGAGAACCAGGCAACUGCUCCUACAACAACAACAAACGCCUCGCCUUUGCUAAACAGGGGAGCUGGGGUCUUAGGCAGCUACAUUGAUUUUAGCUCAAAUAAUCAAAUUAGCACUUCUAAUUUAUGCUCCGAUCUUCCCUUUCCAACUACCUGCAUGCUCCAAUUGCCCGAAAAUGGUCCAGGGUUAACAGGAUUUAGGGGUUCUGAUGAGAGCUCAGGGAAUACGCUAUUUUUGAAUAGGUCCAAGUUGUUGAGGCCUCUUGAAACCUUUCCUUCAAUGGGUGCACAGCCUACUUUGUUUCAAAAGAGAGCAGCUUUGAGGAAGAAUUUGGGGGAUUUGAGUGGGAUUGAGAUUGAUAAAGGAAAGAGAGAAUUGACUCAGUUGGGCAAAGAGAAUGAAAAGAAGAGAAAAAUGGGUAACGUGGAUGACAUUGUGGAGGAUGUAAGCAUUGAUGGGUCGGGUUUAAAUUAUGAUUCUGAUGAGUUAACGGAGAAUACUAAAAUGGAGGAGAUUGGUAAAAAUGGAGGGAAUAGCUCAAAUGCAAAUAGCAGUGUCACUGGCGGUGGUGUUGGGGAUCAGAAGGGAAAGAAGAAGGGGCUUCCUGCUAAGAAUUUGAUGGCAGAAAGGAGGCGCCGGAAGAAGCUCAAUGAUAGGCUAUACAUGCUAAGGUCUGUAGUUCCAAAGAUAAGCAAGAUGGAUAGGGCAUCAAUCCUUGGGGAUGCAAUUGAGUACUUGAAGGAACUUCUGCAAAGGAUCAACGACCUCCAUAAUGAAUUGGAGUCAACUCCUCCAGGCUCUUCUUUGACGCCUACAAGUUUUCACCCUUUGACACCCACUCCAUCAACCCUGUCCAGUCGUAUCAAGGAUAAACUCUACCCCAGCCCAUUGCCAAGUCCAAAUGGUCAACCAGCAAGGGUUGAAGUAAGAGUGAGAGAAGGAAGAGCUGUAAACAUUCACAUGUUUUGUGGCCGCAGACCUGGUCUCCUGCUCUCCACCAUGAGGGCCUUGGAUAACCUUGGCAUAGAUAUCGAGCAAGCUGUCAUCAGUUGUUUCAAUGGUUUCGCCAUGGAUAUCUUCCAAGCUGAGCAAAAAGGGCAGGACGUGCAUCCUGAGCAAAUUAGAGCAGUACUCCUGGAUUCAGCAGGCUUCCAUGGAAUGAUAUAGCGGUCUUGCAGAACUUGGAACUAUAAUUUUCUUUCAACAAAGAAAAGGUCAUGCAGUAGUUAUUUCUUUCAUGCCAAGAGGUCAUUUGUAAUACCAACUAAAUAUAGCAAUUUGCUACCAAGAAUUCUUUGGAAGAAUCAGAAUUCUGUAAUUUUCCGUGUUUCAAUCUUUUAAGUGAAAAGCCCUUAAUUCUGCUGGUAAAA